CCCCAUCACUGAAAACAAAAUGGCGUCUGUCUCCCGAGCGAUAGUAAGUUACAUUUUCAGAGUUCGCCAAUGUACUAGUAUCUCCAAGUGAAUUUCAAGUGUUUCUUCUUUUGCUGGUAGAUCUCGGCAUUCAUUUGUACCGGGCAUGAAAAUUGCAUAACAAGGCCGGGGUAGAAACUGACCAAUCACAAUCGAUGUUUACCUCUGCGGCUCCGAGACACUGCUGACCGAAGUUACGUCAUAGCAAUCACAUUUGAUUGAAAUUACUCCUCAAAGUAUUUCGCGAUUUCAUCCUGCGUCUAGGAAGGUGUAGAGUACAGCUGUUCGAUGAUCUUUCCCAGCCAAAAAUUAUGGAAUGGGAAGCUGAAGCGGAAAUGAAGAAAGGAAACUUCCCCAAAGCCCGCGAAAUGUUUGAAAGCCUGCUUGGAAAACGGAGUUGCAAGUCGAAGGAAAAAUCUUACCUGCUGGGGAAAGCGGAUACUUUGGCGUUGGAAGGACGAUUAUCUGAUGCCUUACCCGUUUAUUGUGAAGCUUUUAAAAGAGGGACAAUUCAACCAGAUCGGUUGCUCCGCUUUAUAACAGGACUCAUUAAGGUCAUAACGAUAGAAAAUAAUAGUUCUUUCGAUAACGAGGACACCACCAUUUUACAAUGUGGCAUUUGUACAGGAGUUCUUUACGAACCCGUCACCGUUUCGUGCGGUCACUCAUUCUGUAAAUUGUGCUUAGAAAAGCAAGAAGCGAAAAAAUGCAGUCACUGCGAAAAACCAUUCUCUAGUGGUGCUUUUAGGAUAAAUGUUAUCUUGCAAGACAUACUCGAGAAGUCGUUCCAGGGAGUAUUGGAAGCCACUCGCUUGAGGUUCGAAGGAAACCAACUGCAUAAAAGAAAACAAAGUCUGCAAGCGAUCGACAAAUACAAAGAAGCAGAAAAAUUGAGUAAGUAUCUCCGAGUUUUGAUUUGUGCCGAUGUGUACCAGUGCAUGAACCCAGAAUUUCAUGCUGUUGUUCUUCGUUGCCGUCGAUGGCAGAGUUCAUAGUUACGUAACUACAAGAGUACACAGAUCUCAUUUUAAGAAUACUUUAACAAUCUAUUGUAGUAUUCCAGUAGACACAGAGGUACUGUUCCACCGUUCCUAUGUGUGAAGACGAGGAAUACAGACAAUUUUCGUUUUUUUUUUCACCCAGGAUGCUGAAAACGAGAGCCGGCUGAUCAAGUUUCGAAUAAAAUUAUUACGCGCGAUAUUUUUAAAAUUUCUUCGGCUACACCAGACUGUGAUCUCCAGCGAUGACCUUUGUUGAACAUUUGAGCUUUUUAAAUUUUUGAAGGUUGUUGGGGUUCAUUGUUAUAAAAAGUGAACCUGGCUUUCUGAGUUCAAGACUGAUAAAUUCUGUGAUGUUCUUGUCUGACUCUGAAGGUUACGUAAUAUCGAAGUUGUUCAUAUCAUGUUUCGACCCUUAAAUUUAUUUCCGCAAUUAAAGGGUCAUAGUUCUGCUGGCUUUUUCCCCCCAGGCAUCCUAUUUUUUCAUUAUUAUUAAUCAUUCACUCCUCGACCGUGAGUAGAAUAAAAUUAACAUGGGAAUAUAGAACAGCUAGCUUAAUUAUGUCCUCAGGCUGCUAAUAAUUUGUAUAGCCUAAUUAAUAAGAAGUUAUGCUUCUCGGAAAUAGUUGCAGUGCCUUGGGGAAAGCUGUUUUAAAAAAAAACAGUGUUAGCAUAACACUGUUAUUCCUGCGGUCACAGAUGCUAUUCUAGAGAAUAGUUCCUUUCAAAUUUCACCCACAAAUGCAUUUACUUCUUGUUCGCCACGGGAAUUGAACAAACAAAAUGAGGCACAAUAUUAAAGUCUCUCAGAGAGUAAACACCCAGCUGUACAGUAAAUUCUGUCUGCCAAAAAUAUUUUGCUAUCAUCUCAGGGAUCAAAGCUGUGGCAUCUAAAGUUUCAGCUAUAACUACAUGCAUGUACAUGUAUUGUUAACCCUGAUGUGAACCAAACUGCUGCUCAAAUUUUAACGUAAAAAUCUGAUCCGGGUGAUGGCUAAAUGGUUUGUUUGAGCUCUAUUUGUUGUUGAAAGAACAAUUAAUGAAUUGAUUUAGCUAAAAGUGGUCUUACUUUUAGGGCCAUCCUAAACCAGUUAUCUCUUUGAACCUUAAUAGUGACUGGUAUCAAAUUUCUCCAAACAAUAUCACUGCCAGAUCAAAUAUACAGGGAAAGAGAGUGAGUGGAAUGAUCAGUACUGAUGAAAUGUCUUGAUGAUUGAACUAAUUCUCUCAAACAGUCCAUUAAGGAAACAUAUGGAGAGCAGUGAGGAGAAUAUACAUGUUAAUAUCAGUGCUUAAAGGGUUAUAAAUAUUCUUGAAAGGAAUGUAAAGAACUGUAGGAGAAUUUUGAGCUGUUUAUCUAAGGUGCUGAUCUGUGGCAGCCAGUUUGGCAACAAAUUCGUAGUCAGCAUGGAUACCAAAGGGCCUUACACUGAGACUUUUAGUAAUAAAAAGGUUGUAGAAUGUCAGGAAAAAAAACAUCAAAAUAUUGAAGUCAAACACAAAAAAUUAAUGUUUUGUUCCAGUUAAAGGGUUAAUCUCGUAUAGGGGGUAGGGCAGGAAAGUGUCUCAGAGACCAAGAAGCUAAAGUUUGCUGUUUCUCGCAGAUAAAUCAGACCAUCUUAUUCAAAGUAACCUUGCCUGUGUUUUGCUCUCCUUGGGGAAUUUUGAAGAAGCCCUUGCUAGAGCCAGCAAGACUUGUGAACUCCAACCUGCUUGGCCAAAGGUGGGAAUUAAACUUAUUCUUGACAUAAUAAUGGUGUACAGACACAGCUGCCAAUAGCCAAUCAGACUGGAUAGUGUUGUUGUUAAUAUAUAGAUUUAGGCGGAGCUCAAAGCAAAGCACCCAUUGAUGUAUUAAGAAUUUACGUCAGACGAUAAAGUUGGUCAAUGUUAGAACCAGUGCAAAGAAAUCCACAAAUCUAUACUUGACUUUUGGGGAGGACCAUAUGACUUUUGAGGACAAGCUGAACCGGCAAUCAAUUAAAAGCAAAUAUCUGGUCAGCAGAAAACCUCAAAAAAAUACUUGAUGAAUUGGCUCCUAAGCCAACAAUACAGGCCUGUGAUUCUGGUCAGUGGAUACCCUGUUUUGACAGCUGUCAAUUUACCAAAAUAUGAAUGUCUAUUAUCAAGUUACACACAAGUUACAGGCUCCCAUAAUAGCUGGAAAUGUGACAUUUCACACUGGUUUCCUGGUGGUGCAGACGGACAGGGAGGUAGACAGACUUACAUUGUACAGUCAUGUGACUACCAAAAUUUCUUGAAUGCAUAGAUAACGAAAUUUCUUACCUAUGGUGCUUUGAGCAUGCGAGAGCUCCACUAUUAUCAUAAUUGACUCCUUGAUCCUUGACCUAUUUGUUGGCUAGGGAUAUUACAGGAAAGGCUGUGCCUUGGUGGGUCUUAACAAAAAGACAGAAGCAGCUGUUGCAUUCUUGCACUGCCUUGCAAGAGAUCCAGGCAACAAAGGAGUAGAAAAAUCACUGGCCAAGGUAGGAACAUUUUUUUAUCUUGAAUAUCUAUUGUAUACUGUAAAAUGUCAAGUGUUUUUCCAGAAGAUAUGCAUGCUCCCUUCUCCACCCCCCUCACAAUCACUACCAUUGAGAAUUUUCUCUACCCCUCUGGAAAUCCCACUUUAGUCUGAUCUCUUCCACAAACCUAUGUGUUUGGUGUGUUCUUCUGGAGAGACUCACUCUGUUGAUAAUUAGUGAUCACUUCAUAAAAGAGACCCCAAAAUUGCAGCAUUUUUGUACUGGUGGCAGGUCACUUGAAGAAGAUCCAAUGGUGUAUUUAUAAUAAUAUGGUACCAACUCUAUAAGUUAAGAACAUUUUCAGUGUUCUUACCAUAGAAUAUUUUCUGUUACUUAUGUAGCUUAUACAUGAGCUAAUCAUGGAAGCUAUUCCCCGUUCCAGUUCAAAAGGGGACCAUCAUGGCCACGGUGCAAGUGACGACACAGAUCCAAUUCUUCACAGAUUAAAAAGUCUUCUUAAUCAUGUAGAGCAAAGUAAAAUGGGCCUUACUGUGCAUGGAGGUAAGACCUUACAUUGGUGGAUAACGAGAAUUAUAAUAAUAAAUAACUAAUUAAAGGCACCCCAACAAUAUUUUGUUAAAAUAAUAAGCAAACACCAACGCUUAGAUAAGCGCCCAACCACCAUAAAUCAAACAGCCCCCGUUCUUAAAUGUGCCCCAUCCCCUCCUUGUCACUUUUUUGAAAUAAUAUGGAUACAAGACAAAUGCAAUGAUAUGCAUGUGAUGAUGAUGAUGAUGAUGAUGAUCUCAAGGAUGAUGAGAAAUCACAAUUUUUUACAAACAUACAUACUGGUACAUUAGUGGAUAACAUGUAUAGAAGAACUAAGCUACGCUUGAUUACCAGUCACUGUUUAAAUGAACGCAGAAUAUUGACUUUACAUUUAGGUUGGUAAUGUUCUCUUUUGUUUUCUAUUUUAAAAAAUAAUUGCUAAAAUAAAAUUACAGGUCAUUGAAAGAAAAACUUAAUAAGCAACCCUUGAUUAAAUGCUUUCCUAUCAAUAAGUGCCCCUCCUUUUCGCUGAAAUUUUGCUUAUUCGAGGUAAUAUGGUAACUACAAACCCCUAUGGCUAUUAUAACCUUUCAGAAGCUAAUGAUAGCUGUGAAGAUGAACCUGAUAUCAAGAAAUUAAGACUUGGCAAGCAAUGUUCUGUGGACGAUCUAGAAUGUACACUGUGCUGUAGGUAAGGAUACAAGUGAACAUCACAAUAAGCAAUAAUUAUUGGAUAAGGUUUUGGUGAUAUCUGAAAUAAUCAAGGUCAAGGUAAGUGUUAUCAGCCAAGUAGAAGCUGCCUGAGGCUGAUUACUUUAAACUGAGACUGAUCAUUAUCUUGCAAGAACCCGAAUCUAUUGUGGUAAUAAAUUAUUGUUUUAUCAUACAGUGUUCUGAAGAAAAAAAAUGACAAACACACCAUUUCACGGAACAGAGUUUGAAAUUGCUCUUGCACAAGCUACAGAUUAGUCACUAAACUGCUAGCAGAUGACUAAACUUAUUUGUACAUGUAUGUUGCUGCGGUUUCAAAAAUUAACUGUAGAUGCUCAGCCAAUGAGAAGGCAGAUAGUAUUUUAUAAUAGUACAAUGUAUAAUACUAAUAAUCGGUGUGCAAGAAAAAAUUUUUACAAGAAAGAUUAAUAGUUACUGGUAAUUACUAUUUUAUUGAAAAUUUAUUUCACCAUUAGUUAAUUAAUCACUUGCCUUAGUAAUUCAUUUCAGAGAACUGACAUCCCUUACAACAAGAAACAAUGAGAAACAGCUGUUUUAGCAGUGUAGUUACAGUGUACAUGAAAGAAAAUGACAAAAACGUUUUUUCCUUUAGGUUAUUUUAUGAGCCAGUCACCACACCAUGCGGCCAUGUUUUUUGUCGUUGCUGCCUAAACUGCAAUCUUGAUCAUAGACCAACGUGCCCAAUCUGCAGAUACUCUUUAAGCAAGGUAAAGUUACAUCCUUCAAAUGCCAAGUACAACCUUGUCACUCAAAAUAUUUUGGUUCAAUCUUUCCUUUUUCCCAUAGUUAAUUCCUCUCUUUCUUAAUUUCAGUUCCUUGCUGAAAGAAACCAGGUAACUAUUUUCACUGUUAUUUUAAAAAAAAUAUAUCAAAAUUAAUGAUUAUUGCCUAUUAGCUAGGGAGCUUAAGCAACAACGACAGCAACGGCCACUAAAACGCAACUUAAAAAGUGAAUAAGCCCUGCUUCAAACUUUAUAAUGCUUAUUCCAUCUCACUGAAUUCUUUAAAUGUUAAUUGGCAAUCUUCUGCUAGAGUUGAAUUCUAAAAGACUGUAUCAAAGUUCAGGAGAAGAAAAGGAAAGUCAUUAUCUUGGGUUCACAUCCUCAACAAAACAUGAAAUUAGGUAUUUCACGUCAUAGUAGUACAAAAAAGUGCGAUACACGUGCAGAGUUACCAUUUUGCCAAUCAAAACCUAUUGCUUUUUUGCCCUUUUCAUUGACUUUGCCAACAUCAUUGCUUAUUAUAAGCUCCCUACUAAGGAGAAUAUUAGUAUGACACUAGCGAUAGCUCAAUUGUCUUCAGAACAUCACAGCAGCUGUGAGCAGGCUCAUUGAAUCUGCUUUGCCUGAGGAACAUGAAGAAAGAAAAAAACUACAUGAGGAAGAAAUGGAGAAGUUAGCAAGGUGUGGAUCGAACUAUUAAUAUCCAGAUAGACUAGGUUUUUAAGUUUUGUUAGUGGCUAAGAAAGCAGUCAAGUCAAGUCAAGUCAAUUUAAGUCAAGAAGAAGUCACAAAUACAAAACAAAAUAAAAAUGUACCAAGAAAAUUAAAGCAAAAUGGAACUUAAAAGCAAAAAAAUGAUGAUUUGACUAUUUCUUCAGUGAGUUUGUAGGAACAGAUUCUUGCAUAUAAACAUUUAUACUAAUAUAAUUGAAAAUCAACACAUUUGACUACAGCGUGCAAAGAAAGUAGUGUCCGAUAGCCCGGGGCUAGUGGAUUUUUCUAUUGGGCUAGUGAAUUCUGUUAUUAACUUGCCCGAUGGGCAAGUGAUGUUUUUUGAUGAAUUUGAAUAACAGAAGAACUGUGAAAUCAAUUCUGCUCAUCAAAAAGCUUUCGGGGCUGGUUAAAAUGACGUCUGGGCUAGUAAGUGCUAGCCUCAGCUUGCCCGAAUGACAAGCUGUAAAAAUGAUUUUCUUUGCACCCUGGGGUGCUUACCAUUUCACAGAAAAAUCCGGUUGGGGUGUCGAAAGCAUAAUGGUAAGCGAUUUACCAGUUUACCGUAGAAAUGCCACAUCCGUUACGGUUUGAAUCCAAAAAAAGGGCGAAUUUGUGUAGCGUGAGUCUGGAACCGAGAAAUUGGUUAAUGGUAAGCAGCAUUCCGUUUGGUUCGUAUCAACCGGAAUGAAAGGACUACCUCAAAAGGUACUCCUCAAUUUUCGGUUGGAAUUUCCGAAAAGUGACCUUACCAUUUGCCUUCCAUCCGGAAUUUCCGAAAUUUUCUGUCAAAUGGUAAGCACCCCUGGACUAUGAUUUUAUCUAAAAUUUGUGAAUGUCGUGCUAUUUCACCGAGCAUUUUUAAAUCACAACUGGCAACUUAUAAUAACUUUUAAAGUUUCAAUUAGCUAGGGUAGAUGCAAUUCUUUCUAUAAAAAAAAAUAAGGAACAGCUCUACAAUGUAUCUGUUAGUACCAAAUUUGUUCCUCCAAAUUUCAAUACAAAAAAGCUCAGAGAACUUUUCUCGCUGGGUCAUGUCUGGCGAUAAUAAUGUUAAAUUUAACAAGUAGUCAAGAGCACACAAAAUUCAUGCUUCAAGAGAUUUUGUAUGUUGACUCUUGACUCCUGUUACUUUCAGUGUGGCAAGGGACACCACAGAAGAUGUGCCCAUCUUUGUUUGUACUUUGGCCUUUCCAUCACAACCCUGUCCUCUGCACAUCUUUGAACCUCGUUACCGUCUUAUGGUCAGACAGUGUAUGGAGUCCGGAUCCAAGCAGUUUGGAAUGUGUGUGCAUGAUGAGGAUAAGGGGUGAGACCACGCCCUUGUGCAGGGCCAAAUACAGUUAAAGCUCCUCUUCUGACCCCUUCUGUAAGCGACCAGCUCUAGUUGGGACCACCUUUAUGAAACCCUGUUUGAACUGUUUUAAGCUCUCACAAAGCAACCACUCAGACCCAAUAAAACAGGAACUGACGUAGAUCAACUCAUUCUUACACUGAUAUUUAGAUGCGGAGUUAUUUUGGUCUAAAAAAUUGGACGUAAAUUUUAGCUGUGGCUAUAUCAGAUAAAACAUUAAAUUUAUUUUGUUGUUUCUUUCUGAAUUCUUAGUGAGUUUCUGAAACUCUUGUAAGUGACUACCCUCUAUUGUUUUACUGUGCGCUCGCUUUCAAGACCUCAUUCUCGUAUGUGACCAGCUUUAGUCACAACCACUUUUUCGAUUUCCGAGGUGGUCGCUUACAAGAGCUUCAACUGUAGUUCAUUUUAGGUAAGACUGACUGGAGUAGAAUAUUAUUCAGUUUUCAGUUUUUUAUUAUUCAUGCAAGAAAUUUUGAAUCGGGCGAGUGUGUAAAUGUAGUUUGAGACUGAUUUGAAGGUAUGAGCCAGACUUUAUGUGAUAUUUGCAGAGUGAUAGUCAUAAAUAAUGAAGAAAAUCCUGCUGAAAUUAUAAUUAAUUUUCCAGAUGUUACAAAAACUGAACCUAAUAAACCUGUCUUAGCAUCCUCUGUUUUAAGGGCAAUAAACAAGUUCACUCUCACAGGAAACAUUUUCUGCUAACAGACAAGUGAAAAAUAAGUCGAGCACACUGAUUUUCAGAAUUCAUUGUAAGAGAGUGGGAAAAAUGUUUAACUAUAUUAAACUAUUGUUAUAUUUACUUUUGAAACUAAAGUUUUGUUGCCUUUCAGUUUUGUAGAUUAUGGUGUCAUGUUAGAGAUUAAUGACCUGCAGUACCUUCCAGAUGGAAGAUCUUUUCUUGACUGUGUUGGUGGAAGGCGUUUUAAGGUGAUUACUAGUAUUAAAUUUGGUCAACACUGUGUGUAUAGUGGAUUAUUAGGAAAAAUAGCUGAUUGGAGCCAAACUGUUAUCGACAAGUCAGGUAACUCUCUCUUAACAGACACCUUUGCAAGAUAGGCAUCUCACCGACAUGGACACCUCAAGUUGGUUCCUGCCGUUCUUUACUCGUUUUAGUUGACCUUCAGUAUUAAGACAGACAACUCCUACACACUUCAGUAAAACAGACACCUAAAGUUAAUCCCUGCCUUUUUUUAUUUGUUUUCAUGGAAUCUCUGCAAAAUGGACACCUACAUUUAGAGUUGGCCCCUUUAUAUUCCCUUUCUUUAUUCCUUUUAGUCAGACAUCUCUGUAAGACGGACAUACUCAUUCAUCUUAGAAAGAGGUGUCUGUAUUUUGAGUAAAAAGUAAAUUGUUUUUUAUUCCUACUAGUGCUUUGACUGUCUUACUAAAACAGAAAUGUCUGAAGUGAAUGAUCUUAUCAUGAACAGUUUUUAAUGACUGCCUGACUGACAAAUCACCUGUACUUACUUGCAGGUCAUUGAGAGAGGAAUGCAGAAUGGCUACCACACUGCUAAAGUUGAGUGGAUCAAAGAUGAACCAAUUCCACCAGAAGAACUGGGUAAUAUGCUGUUUUCAUUGAUUUCAGAUAUCAUUGGCAACAACUACAUUCAUCGUAGAUAUUCAUUGGCAACAACUAUCAACAGUAAUAAUAAUUAUUAUAAUAAUACUGGAAUUUCAGUCGGAAGAGGAUAGGCUUGACCUGGUUUAACUAAAAGUUUACAGUCAUUUCCUAUGCCAGUAACUUUCCUCACUGGUUCUUUGUCAAGACAUUAAGAUUAACUUGGUGAAAUGUUGAAAAUUUAACCUGUUUACUAGAAUAUUUUUUCAGUGUGGAUUUAAAUAAUCAUUUCACAGUAAACAAACUGAAUGUUGUCUGUUUGUUUGUUUGUUUUUUGUUGUUUUUAGAUGAGAUCAAGGCCCUCCAUGAAAGAGUUUACAAUGAUGCAAAAAACUGGUUUGCAAAUUUACCACUUCUUUCACGGGUGAGUUUAGAGUUUGCACAAACUUACUGCAUGGCUUAUUUUAAUAUCUACAUUUGAAAUAAAAUUUUUCAGCAUUAGCAGCAUUAAGUUUUAAAGUUUUAAUUACCUGUACCUAGAUGUAGAUUACACAAUGGUAUAUGCAGUGCUGUGUAUUAAAAAUUUUCGUAAUUUAAUUUAUCUUUAUAAUUAUGUGUUGUUUUUUUAAUGAGGUGAUUAAGUUUCCGACAUGAUAUUAUAUGGGCUGCAAUUGAAUUUCAGCUUGCAUUGCUCAAUUUUUGCUUGCCUAGGACCGUUGCUACCUGAGUUUAUAAUUUAUUAGAGGGUUAUGUGAUUAUGAGGCAAGUGCAAGUACGCGAGUGAAGACCUAAGUGAAUAGUUACUUGCCUAACAGGAAAUGUACUUGUCCCUACAUGAGUGAAUGGCUUUUAGAAUCCUCAACAUUUACAAGGCAUAUUGUGUGAUCAGAAUUUUUUUGCUGUUGAUAAUUUCAGAGGCGAAUAACAAACAUGUUCUCAGAAAUGCCAAGCUGCGACACCGAGCUUGACAAUCUUCCACAAGGGCCUCAGUGGAUAUGGUGGCUUUUGUCCAUAUGUCCUUUACCAGAGCAUGUUCAAUUACAGUUCCUAGCUAUGGCUUGCCUGAAGACCCGUCUUGAGAAAUUACAAGAGCUGUUUGCCUCAUUCCAAAGAUACACUUAAAGGUUAUAGGCAGACAAGUUAAGAUUGUUUAGACCUGGAAUCAGUCAGAUAACACCAACUGUCAGAUGUACAGUGUAAUGGCUGACAACUCACAUUAAAAAAGAGUUUGACUUAGAGCAAAUAAUCAGUUUUGUGCAACUGGCCCUGUCUCCGAAACAAAUUAAUACUGCAGACAACUUUUGAAAGUAUACAAAUUUUACUAAAUAUGUAUGAUAACUUAUUUUUGUAGAUUAUGAUUUAUUGCUAUAGGCCUAUAGGCGAAUUUGCCACGAUGUGAUUAAAAAUAUUAUCACAACCCAGUUUUAAAGCAUACUGGAAGACCCAUAAGGGGGUCGAGGUAUAUUAUUGUAAUUAGACAAACUGAAUUCAUAAACUUGUUGAAUCCUACACCACCUGGUUAGUCAUUGAAUCAAUUAGAACAGGUUUAUUAUAUUUAAGCUAAGCUAUAAGCUGCCAAUUACUAACAAAUUAGGUUAGAAUUGCGCACUACCAGUAAUCUAAAUGGUUAGUGCUGUGUCGAUGUAAAAUGUCUCAAC